AACAGAAAUAGGCAGCUAAACCUGCAAACAUUUGAAGAAAACUUUUACUCCGAUUAUUCAUCUUAAGUUAUUUUUGAGUUAAAUAAUUAAAAUUAUUUAAAAUUAAGCUUAUUUGAUGCUUUUUGUUUAAAACGACUUCUCAUUGUUUCAUAAUUAAGACUCUUAAUCAUGGGCUUAGAAGAUGUAAAAAAUAUUAUUGUUGUCUUAUCUGGUAAAGGAGGUGUGGGCAAAUCAUCAGUUGCUGCUCAUCUAGCUUUGUCGUUAAGAGAUUUAAAUUUUAAGACUGGAUUACUUGAUGUAGAUUUAUGUGGACCAAGUAUACCAUACAUGCUGAAUAUGGAAGGCAAAGAUGUUCACCAAUGUUCUUCUGGGUGGGUGCCUGUAUAUACUGACAAAUCUCAAAGUUUUGCUGUAAUGUCUAUUGGUUUUUUAUUGAAUGAUAGAAAUGAUGCAGUAAUAUGGAGAGGCCCUAAAAAGAAUGCAAUGAUUAAACAGUUCCUGACUGAUGUUCAUUGGCAGAAUCUUGAUUAUUUAGUUAUUGAUAUGCCACCAGGAACUUCCGAUGAACAUAUAACACUAGCUGAGUGUAUCAAGAAUAAAUCAAAUGUUGGAGCUGUUCUUGUAACAACACCUCAGAUGAUUGCAAUCAGCGAUGUGUUAAGAGAAAUAACAUUUUGUAAAAAAGCAUCAUUGCCUAUAAUUGGAAUUGUAGAGAAUAUGAGUGGUUUUGUUUGCCCAAAUUGUAAGGAAUGUUCUGCCAUAUUUUCUCAGGGAGGGGGCAAAUCACUGGCUGAUAAUGCUAAACUUCCUUUCUUAGGUUCAAUUCCUUUGGAUCCUAAAUUUGGAUUGUGUAUUGCUAGUCGAUCUACAAAAGAAAAUUUUGAAAAUUCUGAAAUUUUGAGUAUUUUUCAAACUGUAGCUGAAAAAGUAAUAAGUCAUAUGAAAAUAAAUUAGUUUAUUUUUAUAAGU